UUUGCGGUCGUUGAUUGUAUUGAAAGUGCAAGUCUUUUAUUGAGUGAGUGAUUGAGGAAAUAUACUUAAGUUGUUUGUAGUGAUGAACGACUGCAAAAAUAAAAUACCAAAGUUGAAGAUUGCCCUUCUUGUAGUUGGAACAAGAGGAGAUGUUCAGCCUUUUCUGGCUUUGGCCUUGAGACUUCAAGAAUAUGGGCAUUACGUGAGGUUGGCAACUCAUUCACAAUUCCAUGGAUUUGUGAAGUCAGUUGGUGUGGAUUUCUAUCCACUUGGCGGCGACCCUCGCAUCAUGGCUGAAUGCUUCGUGAGAGCUAGAAGUAUUCUUUUGCCCCGACCCGGAGACAUGGCUUUGCAACGCAAACAACUAAAAGCCAUUAUCGAAUCUCUCCUUCCAGCAUGCACUCAACCCGACCCGGUUUCUGGCGAACCUUUUACGGCCCAAGCAAUUAUUGCAAAUCCUCCUGCUUUCGGAAGUAAAGAUAUAGCUGAAGCUCUGGAUGUUCCCUUGCACAUAAUGUUCACCGUACCUUGGACGCCGACAAGAGCCUUCCCUCACCCAUUCACUCAGCGGGCUGGACGGCUGUCGUAUGCUCUAGCUGAUUUAAUGAUAUGGUUGGGAAUAAGAGGUUUUAUUAAUGAGGUGAGGACAAAUAAGCUGAACCUUGGCCCUAUUGGAUACUUCAACAGUGGGCAUGUCUCAAUUUCUCAACUCCCUACAUCUUACAUGUGGAGUUCACAUGUAUUGCCCAAGCCCAAUGAUUGGGGCCCCCUAGUGGACGUGGUGGGAUACUGCUUCUUGAAUCUUGGAACCAAAUACGAACCAUCUCAAGAUUUUGUUGAUUGGAUACAAAAGGGGUCCAAGCCUAUUUAUAUUGGCUUUGGAAGCGUGCCUCUGAAGAAAUCGGAGAAACUGACGGCUAUGAUUUUGGAAGCUCUGAAGAAGACAGGGCAGAGAGGAAUCAUAGAUCCAGGGUGGGGAGAUCUUGGCACUAAUGUGGAUAUUUCAGAUGAUGUUUUUGUGCUUUCAGAUUGCCCUCAUGAUUGGUUGUUUCCUCAAUGUUAUGCUGUGGUUCAUCACGGUGGGCCCGGAACCGCAGCAGCUGGAGUGAAAGCAGGGUGUCCGACGAUGGUGGUGCCGUUUUGCGGCGAUCAGUUUCUGUGGGGAGAGAUAAUGCACCACAAAGGAGUCGGACCUGCGCCCAUUCCCAUACCACACCUCACCGUCGAAUCGCUGUCCAAAGCCAUAACAUUCAUGCUCCAACCACAAGUGAAAUCUCGAGCGAUGGAGCUAGCGGAGAGCAUCAACGCUGAGGACGGCGUCGGAGCUGCAGUCGGAGCAUUCCACCGCCACCUGCCAACUCCGUUUUCGGACCAAGACCCCUCUGCAAAUCUUCUGCACUACUGAGUUUCAGUCCAAAUUGGAAAAAUUGUAAGAAAACUAUGAUGGAAUGAGAGUAUUUGUAUAGAUAACUCUUGUAAUUAUGAAAAAAAAAAAAAAGCAGAGUAUUUGUGUUAAAAAAAAAAUUUAAGUGUGAAUAAUAGUGUGUCGUACAAAGUUUUAUUAAUAUAAUUUGAAAACUAUUAUUAUAUGCAAUGAUAGAAAC